AUGGAAAAUAAUCAAGAUUUGAAAUUCGCUUUUGGAUGGAAUAAAUGGAACAUGAGCAUUAUUGGUCUUUGGCCCGAACCAUACUCUAAGAAAAGCCAUUGGGAAACUUGCAAGGCUGUAAUAGUUCUAUUGCUUCUAAUACUUUUUGGAACGGGUCCUCAAACCGCCAAUUUAUUUUUCAUAUGGGGAGACAUGGAACUGAUGACUGAAAAUUUGUGCUCAGCUAAUAUCCCCGGUAUAAAUGUGUUGUUGAAGAUGCUGUUCUCUUGGUAUCAUAGAGACACCUUCGAGUCCAUAAUAAAAAGUUCCUACGACGACUGGAAUGCUCCAAAAACGAAGGAAGAAAGGGAGGCGAUGAUAAAUAAUGCUAAGGUCGGAAGAUUUAUAUCAAUUUUGGGUUCGAUAUUAACAGGAACAAUGAUGACAAUGAACAUCAGCCUUCGAUCUUUUAUAAUCAUCACGUGUGAUAAAAACGAAACGAGAGCAGAUCAUUUGGCCAUUUAUCCAGGAUAUUUUCCCUAUGAUAUUCGAAAAACAUCAUUAUGCAUUUUCACUAACGUGGGUCAAGCGAUUGCUGCAUAUAUAACCACGAUUGCAUACACUAGCAUCGAUACUUUUAUUGGUAUAUUGGUGAUUCACAUAUGUGGGCAAUUUGAGAUUUUGAAAACGAAAUUGGAAAGAUUAAUGGGGGAUGAAGGUUGUGGAAGAGAUGCAGAACAGAUUCAAAAAGAGUUGGUCUGGAUUGUGAAGAGACACGAAGAAUUGAACCAAUCAGCAGCCAAAAUCGAGGAAUGCUUUAACAUGUUAUUACUCAUGCAAAUGUUGCUCGGCACCACUCAACUCUGUUUUCAAGGUUUUAUAUUCUUCAGUAUAGUGUUAAAGAAUGACAGUGGAGUGGUAGGUGGACAAAUACUGUACUUUAUACUAUUUGUGCUCUUUAUCCUUGUGCACAUAUACAUUUAUUGUUACAUCGGCGAGAAGCUUCUCGUUCAAAACAGAGAAAUGAGCAAUUCUGCAUACGAAUCGAACUGGUUCAAUGUUCCUCCAUCGGAAUCUAAGUGUCUUUUAUUCAUCAUGCAAAGAUCUCAUCGACCCCUUUGCCUGACAGCAGGGAAAUUUAGUACUUUUUCCAUUGAAUUAUUUAGUACCAUUUUAAAAACAUCAAUGGGCUAUCUAUCGGUUCUGCUGACAGUGGCGAGCAGCGAUUGA